AUGUCUGGCCUAAAGAUUAUACCCGGCGCUCAGCAGGAUGUCGAUUACUUCAUCGAUAUACCGUGGUGCCGCGAUCAGCCCAUGCAUCCUGAUGCAGUCGCCGUUCCUCGGUUGGACGAUAAACAAGACGGCCGUGGCAGUACCGGAAAGCUGUUCAGCGAGACACUCAAUUCAGCGUCGACCAUCUCCCACCGUAUCGUAGUCUUCCGCGACCCUUCAUCCUCGCCAACUCUAAACCCCAGCUCGAAAAAGCGAUGGCUGCCUAUUGAGACCUGCAGCGUCUUUUGCACCUUGGGGGAUGGCGUCUGCGGAUUUGGGGACAUUUGCCACGGCGGUGUUCAAGCAACACUUCUGGACGAUGUCAUGGGCGUUCUCGGCAUCUUGAACGCUCGACUGCAAUAUGGCAUAAUCCCUACCAAAGUUGCUGGGUUUUGCUCACCUGAGACAAUUCCUGGAAUGCUCGACUUGAUAACAAGUAUGAUCGCCACUCAAGGCAUAGAAGUUCAAUAUCUCCGACCGCUACGAGUUCCCAAGGUCAUCCAGAUCACUGCGAGUAUGGGGGAGAUAUCAGAUGACGGAACUUCAUUCGUGGUUUAUGCGGUCAUAAAAGAUGGGAAUGGAAAGGAAUAUGCAAAAGCAAAGGCGCGUUGGGCAGUGUUCCCGUUGAAGGGAAAGUUGUGA